AUGCCAGGUUGUACUUUUGUUGAAGAAUUGGCCGACAGAGAUGAUGAUUCUGAACAAAAAACAAAAGAAGCCGCAUCACAGACAGAACAACAAACAAUCCUACUUACAUGUAAAGAUGAAUCAUUUCAAACAGAGCAUCCGACAAUGAAAGAUGCUUGUGUUCAAACUGAACCUAUGGAACGAUAUAUUCAGCUAGUAUACGAGAAUCUAUUUCUGAAAUCUCAAUUAAAAAAUUUAAAAGAAGAAAAAGUAAAUCAAGCAAAAAAGAAGAAGCAGUGUAGGGAAGCAGCGUCAAUGCCAAGAAAAUUACUCGAAGAUUUAGCAAAUAAGCAAAAAAUUAGAAGAGCUGAUGAAAUUGCAAAAUUUAUCAAAAACAGGAGUCCAAGUGCUGAGCGUGAUUCGGGUCAUCAAUUGAUUAGAACCUUGAGUAAAAAGAUUGUAGGAGAAUCACCGCUAAAGGAAAAUAAAUUUAAUGUUGAAGACGACCUUUUUGUCACGCUUCAUUGUGGCAUUUCCUUUAAUCAAAGAAAAAUAUUGAAGAAGGAAUUUAUUCAGAGAGGAAUUGAUUGUUUUGCGCCUACUUCCAAAUUGAUGGAGAUCAAACACGAAAUGGCAAAACAACUGAAGGUUAAAAUAUAUAGAGAAUGGACUUCACCAUCACUAUUAUGUUUAAAUGUUGAGGAAUUAAUAAAAAUAAGAAUCCAAUCAUUGCUUAAAAAUGGUAAAUUCUAUGUUCAAAAAAUUUCAUUAAAAUUUUUUAUUAAGGGUUGCUAG